AUGAACCUCACCGAGGCGCAGGCCGAAAAAGUCCUAUCAACGUGGCGCAUCUCCCGCCUCGAGGACAUCCUCGGCCCCGAGCUGUCGCCGCGCUCGUGGAGCAACAACCUGCGCAAACACCUGUGCAUGCUCUGCCGCCUCGUCAACCUCGAGCAAGCCCGCAUCCUGCUGUCAAACGAAGUCACGGCCCGUCUGGCCAAUCGCACCCGCAAUAGGGGCAUCCGUCGCGAUCACUUGAGUGAUGUUGAUGUCAUGCGCGUUCUUGAUAGACAGCCAGUACUCACCCUCGCCGGCGGCGAACCAGGCAAUGAGGCGUCUGGACAGGGUGUCGGAAACCCCCGACUACACCCGCCCCUAUCCACCCGGACCGAGUCCGGACCUCUCCGCCGAUGCCUCAUCUUACCACCCAAGCCCCCGGACCCGCCGCGGAGGAGCGAGAGCAGCACGACCCCCAUGACCGACGACACAGAAGGCAUCACGGUAGUAGAGCGCCACAAGAGGAAACGGGAGAGCAUGAUGGCCGACCUCGAGGGCGAUAUCGAGAAGCUGGGCUACAGGGUCGACAUACAGCGGACAACGGUCAAGCUCCGCCAGCACGAGUAUGCUCAGGAGCAACGACACCUGGAGGCCGGCCGCGCCAAACUCGAGAGUCUCUCAUCGGGGGACGCCGUCGCCGCCCAGAUGGAGCAAUUUCAGGGUUUCCUCGCAGGCCUUGACGAUCUCGUUGCCAGAUACCCCGCCGUACUUCACGCGCACGACGACCACAGCGCCAACGACAUGGGUCGAGCCCUGGCAUCGCCGUCUCAGCCGCCGGAGGAGACAGACAUGGGUCUUCAACCCGGCAUGCUCUUCGACGCCCUGAAGAGGGCCGUCAGGGUCAAGAUGGGCUCGGCAGCACAUCAAACAGAACGGCUACAGGAUACCAGAAGGGUGGGUGAAAGAGAGCUCAGGGUGGCCCAGGCCGCCGUGGACGAGACGUUGGCAACACUGGAGCGUGCAAGGGAGGACCUUUCCAAGCUCGAGGAUGACCUCCACUUCUUGUCAAUUGAAAGGGAGCGUUUGAGCGACAGGGUUGGUUCUUGA